AGGUUUCCACGAUAAAUGAAAACCAGUCAGUAAUAGAUACUGCACUUGCUAUUAGUGAAGAAGGAACUAAAAGAGCUUCUGGAAAUAGUCCCAGUGGAGAAUAUGAUGGAAGACAACACACACUAGAAGGGAAUUAUAUGCAACUUUUAUACCUUGCAAAGACUCAUACAGUUUUCCUAAGAAUCUUAAUGUUUAUUUGGGUAACGUAUCAAUUUUUUAAAUUAUUAUUGUUAUGUUUCUUUUUCUCCAACUCAUCAAACUUUUACAGUGCUUAUUCAUUGUGACUGGAUAUAUGCAAAACUUAGCUUUACCGUUCUCCUGCCAGCUGUUGUAACUCUUAAUUAGAGUGCAGUCUGUUAAAUGGGCUAUCAUUUUCUAUGCACCUAUUUUUGGCUGAGAAAACAAUUUAUUGAGUAUUUACUGAAGGCUGUUAAUGGUAUGUGGUGCUAGUGAGCAAUUUUUUUUUUCUUUGAUGUACAUGAAGAAGUAUUAAACACAUGGGUGGUGAUUUUUUAUUUGGCUAAAUUUAAGAUUAUCAUGUCCUUUAGUAGUUACAAAUAUGACCUUUCUUUUAGCAGUGCUGCUUAGCUGAAAAGUUCUUUCCAUACCUUUGCUUGCAUUCUCACUCCUAAUUACAAAUUUUCAAAUGUCCUGAUAUGCGUCAUACCUUCUAACUCAUUUGUACUCCUGUGCUUCAGGGUGCUUAGUCAUUCUUAUUCUAUGUCUAUUUAAUUUUUGUUUCUAAAGGCUUUCUAGUCAGUUGCUUUGGGCAUUUACAGCUUUUGUUUAGAAACAGACUGACGAAGAGGUAGUUAUGACUAGUUAAGGCACUGAGAUCAUAAAAUGUUUAUGUAAUUACAUUGCUCAGGAAACAAAAGUAUGAAAAAUUGUUUCAUGCUUAUGACAACUAGGGAAAACAGUGCUCACUAAAAGCUGAGUUGUAACAUAACAUAGUUCUCCAGUACAAGCGUGUCUCCUUAUAUAUAUCCUGGUUGAGAUACAAAUGGUUGAGAUGCAACUGACGAUAGAUAUGACUCCCUUCCAAAUAUGUUUCUCAUCACCAAUUAAUUCUUUUUGCAGAUGUGAGAAUCCUUUUAAAAAAAAAUCAUAUGGUUAUUUUUAUUCCUGAAUGCUUUUGCGUUAUCUGUGAAGUUGGGAGAUCGAGCAGCACCAUUGUCCUAGCUUCUUGUAUUUAUCUGGUCUUACUUUGUUUUUUUUUCUUGUAGGUAACAGAACUAUGCCCAUCCCUUUAGCCAGUUAAAAUACCUUGAAAUUUGUCAGUUGUGUAAGUUGAAAAUGUUUUUGGAAAGCGAAAGCAAGUACAUUUGCCUUGUCUUGUUAAGUCAUAUUUCUACAGUGUAUACACUGUCCAGAGCUAUGCUGAGAUGUAUUUGUGCAUCUUGUAAGGUGCAUUUAAUGUUAUUCUUAAGACCAUACCCAUAUGAUAUUUUUGUAGUUAAUAGGUAAUAUCUCUAAGAGUAAGAAUUCCAUUAAGCCCUCAAAGAAUAUUUAUUCUGAAGUCUUGCAUGUCAUACCAUUUCUAAGACAACAAGAUUUCUGCUGUUUACUCAGUCAGGUGAAAAAAUGGUCUUUGUCCGGAUGUGACAGUGUUCCCAUUUGUGGUGCUCUGUUAGAAACUGGCAGGGAAUAGUAAUAUUCUACACUCGAUCACAUUUCUCCUUAUGUCUCUUGAGAAUUGUUAUAACCCUACUGUUCUUUUUGAUCAAAAAGCAGUGAUUCACUGGAUCACGAAAGGAAAAGAAUUUCUGAAUCAUACUGUCUCUGAAAUGCAUUCUAACCAUUCUAACUUGCAAAUCAAGUGCUGCCAUGAAAAAUUUGUAAGAAUCAAAACAAAUGAAACAGUUUAUAUUCUUACAAAAGUGGGUAUGUUGGUUUCCUUCCUCUGUUUUUACAGGACAUUCAUCUAAUGCUGUCUCAUCUUUUCCUCUUAUAGAAUACUUUACAAGGUGAAACAGCAUAGCCUAACUACAUCUGUCAGAUGGUCUCAGAUAGUCUCUUAUAGAACCAUGAUUUUUAUUCAUCUGUGUCAUGUUAGUAGAACAACUGCUUUGUUACAGGUUUCUUGUUGCAGUUUGAUUUGUUUCUAUGUAUGUAUACGUUUGUAGUGUGUGUUUGUUUGUUUCAUGGCGUUCAUGCUCACUAAUGGAUAUGAAAGUGUUCCCUAUGUGAAGGGGGAUAAAGCAUGGUUAAUAAGUUGAUAAACUGCCUUAUGGUAGCGUGGUUUAGCAGAAUGACUUCUCUUCUAAAACAGAAAAUGGUACGCCCUAAUGCUAUGAGAUCUCUCCUUUUGUAACAGAAAUAGCAGUCCUUCGAUUUAAGCAAAGAGACUCAUUCAUGGUCUGAAUUUAAACAUAGUGUAUGUAAAGAAGUAGAGUUUAGCAUGUCUCCUUAUCUCACGGUUUAGAAAGCUGCUGCUUUCCCACUCCUUUCAUUGCUGUGCUGAAGAGGCAACUUAAAUCAAAAUGUGUUGCUGUAUAUCUGCCAAGAUUCAUCAGAAUUGACACUGUAUUGUCUCUUAAGUGGUUUCCAAAAGAAAAAUUUCAUCAGCUACGUCACUACAGACCAGAACAAUCAGGUAUACUCUUGAGUGUACUGAUGUAUUCAGUCCCAUUCUUAUUGAUUUGUACCCAGAUACUCUUAGUAGUGAAUUAAAAUAUAAAAUUACUGUAUCUGGGCAAUGUCUGUACAUCUGUGCAGUACAAUGUAGAAUAUCUUGCUCUCAUAAUUUGUGGUCAUUUGCAGAAGCAGAAGAGCUAAUAAAAUAUAUAGCUUCAUAUAUAUAUGUAAUAAACCACCUCUAACAAUCCAAAUUCUAUGCUUCCUUUUUUUUCUGUGCAUAAUACCUUCAUAUUGUGUUCAUGUGUUUAUGAGCAAACUUUAUUUUGCCUCGGUGUUUUUAUAUUUUUUAGUAGUAACAGCGUUGUUGUGUCUUUUUCCUUUCUAAAUAAGAAAUGACUUUAUAUAGGAGUUUAUCUGUUGCUGAAUACUAGUACUAGUAAGUAAAUGAGUUCCAGAGAUGAAAGACAAAAAAUAUUUCACUAGAGAAUUUUAUUAGUUUCAAGGCUUCAUGUGUAACAGAAGUAUGAUGAUACUUAGUGUUCCAGCAUCACCUUUAAGUCACUACUUUAUUUGAUGAAAUAGAUGAAAAUGUGUUGUUAUGUUAUAUAUAGAUACAUACUUCUAUGUCCUGAUUGAAAAAGGAAUUUGUGCUAAGGAGCAUUGUAGAGUGAUUGUUCUCAAUUUUGGAGAUGCUAAACUCAAGCAGCUAAUUAUAUGAUAUACUGGUUAACCAAAAAGUGCUUACUACUCUAAAAUAAACAGCUUUUUUAACAUAAAUGUUAUAUAUAUGUUAUGUAUUAUUUGCCAAAAGCAUAGUUGUGUGUUGUAAGAUAAAAGGAACUGGUCCUCUUCCUGACUGCAAAACUUUUAUUUCCACAGCAAAAAUGAAGCAUGUCAAUCUGUCAUUUGCAUCUUGUGGGUUUCUGGGUAUUUACCACUUGGGGGCAGCAGCUGCUCUUUACAGGCAUGGUAAGAAGUUACUGAAAGUUGUGAAAGAUUUUGCGGGAGCUUCUGCGGGAUCCCUGGCUGCCACUGUCUUAUUAGCAGUACCUGAAAAUAUAGAGAAAUGUCAGCAGUUUACCUAUGAAUUUGCAGAGGAAGUUAGAAAAUUGGACUUCGGUGCAGCAACUCCUGGUUAUGAUUUUAUGAAAAGACUUAGGGAAGGCAUAGAAUCUAUUCUUCCUUCUAAUGCUCAUGAGAUAGCUGAGAAUCGACUCUAUGUGUCUGUUACUAAUGUGAGAAAUGGGAAAAAUUACUUGUUUUCAAGUUUUGACUCCAGGGAGGACCUCAUUAAGGUCCUGCUAGCAAGUAGUUUUGUACCAGUAUAUGCUGGAAUGAAGCCAGUCGAAUAUAAAGGAGAGAAGUGGGUUGAUGGUGGCAUUACCAAUGGCCUUCCUAUCUUGCCUUUUGGACGAACAAUUACGAUUUCUCCUUUCAGUGGUCGAUUAGAUAUCUGUCCACAAGAUAAAGGACGUGUGGAUCUGUAUGUUAAAUUUGCAAAACAAGAUAUAAUGUUGUCUUUGGCCAACCUAGUAAGACUUAAUCAAGCUAUGUUCCCACCAAACCAGGAGAAAAUGGAAUCACUGUACCAAAAUGGAUUUGAUGAUGCUGUACAUUUUUUGCUAAAAGAAAAUUGGUUUGAAUAGGCAAAACAUAAAAAAUAAAACCUGAUGGCUUUCAAAACACAGCUAUAGGCAUUCUGCCUCAAAUCUAAGAGAUUGUUAUCACAAUUUCUGUUUAUUGAAAUAAAAAUCCCAUCGUCAUCUGCCAAGAACGUAGAGACUCCAUUCAGAAGACCUGAUAAACUUGUCGGAUUGAGAACUGUGCUUGCCUAGUGGUUGGCUUGUUUGAGAAGAUUCAAUUUUAGAUCCAUUGUGCUUCAGAAAUGGACUUUAUGUUGGCAAUUGUAAAAGCUUGUGUUACCAUGAUUGUAGAAAUUUUGAAAGUCUUUUCCAGUAUUAUUUCAGAGACUAAUCAUUGCUGUACCAUGAAAAAUUUUAGUCUGUAUUCCUCACUUAACAUAGUAGUUGUGCAUACUCAUUGAGUGUUUGCAGUAUUGAUAGUUUAAUUUCCUUCUUAAAGUGUUUUAAAGGAUCUGAACUCUUAGCACUAGCCACAAGAAAUAAGACAUUUGCACUUUCACCUCUGAUACGUUUAUUUUUUUAAAACAUUAUAAGUUCUUGUGGUUCUCAGUGAAUGCACUUCCUAAAUUAGAAAUACUAUUUGAAACUUUUUUAACAGAAUUGUGGUGUUUUGUUCAUUAAAAUAUCUUAUAAAGAAGA